UACACCAGCUACCAAUACCAAAGGCUGCCAUGAGAUUCACUAAACAAUUCCAAUUUGUUUGUUUGGCCUUGCUCUUCAUUUCGGGAGCUUGGCCUUCUAAAUCCACAGCUCGAACCCUCCUGGAUGCACCCAUGUAUGAGAGGCAUGAGCAAUGGAUGACUCAGUAUGGGCGUGUAUACAAGGAUGACAGCGAGAGGGCGACCCGUUACAGCAUAUUCAAGGAAAAUGUUGCACGCAUAGAUGCUUUUAACACUCAAACCGGCAAAUCUUACAAACUUGGUGUCAAUCAAUUUGCAGAUCUUACAAAUGAAGAGUUCAAAGCUUCACGCAAUAGGUUCAAGGGCCAUAUGUGCUCUCCACAAGCAGGUCCUUUCAGAUAUGAAAACGUUUCUGCAGUGCCUUCUACCAUGGACUGGAGAAAGGAAGGAGCUGUAACCCCUGUCAAGGACCAAGGACAGUGUGGUUGUUGUUGGGCAUUUUCGGCAGUGGCGGCCAUGGAAGGAAUCAAUAAGCUUACAACUGGUAAAUUGAUCUCCCUUUCAGAGCAAGAGGUUGUUGAUUGUGACACUAAGGGUGAGGAUCAAGGCUGCAACGGUGGUUUGAUGGAUGAUGCCUUCAAAUUCAUUGAACAAAACAAGGGUCUAACAACUGAAGCUAACUACCCAUACAAGGGAACAGAUGGCACUUGCAACACUAACAAGGCAGCCAUCCACGCAGCAAAGAUCACCGGGUUUGAGGAUGUGCCAGCAAACAGUGAAGCUGCACUGAUGAAGGCUGUUGCCAAGCAACCAGUUUCUGUUGCUAUUGACGCAGGUGGAUAUGAUUUCCAAUUCUACUCGAGUGGCAUCUUUACAGGAGGUUGCGACACUCAACUAGACCAUGGUGUCACUGCUGUUGGAUAUGGAGUCAGCGAUGGAUCAAAGUAUUGGCUAGUGAAGAACUCAUGGGGUGCACAAUGGGGGGAAGAGGGAUACAUACGAAUGCAGAAAGAUAUAACUGCAAAGGAAGGACUAUGUGGCAUAGCAAUGCAAGCCUCUUACCCCACUGCCUGA